AAUUAUAUCUCCCACAUAUUCUUUGGCAACCCUUGCAUUCUUUCUGUACAGAAUUCUGUUCUCAUUGCAACCAUGAAGUCUACUGUGCUUAUGAGAGGCAUUUCGCACUUUUUACCGGUUCUUUGUUAAUCAUCUUCUGUUGGCUGCUUUUCUUCUUCCUCCUCCCCUCUCCCUUCACUCCCUCUUCUUUUUCUUUUUCUCAGCGUUAAAGUCUUAUCUCUUUUACCCUUUGAAAGGGAAGUGAAUUGGAAACACUUAAAGGUAAAAGAAUAAACAAAAGGAAAUUCCAUCCACCAUUAAUGGUCUCGAUACUAGUGCUAUAAAAUGGAUUCUGUGAAGCUGUCUACCAUGACUCCAAAAAAGAGUAAAUUUGCACGCACAGUUGCGAAAGUUCUUCAUCUUCGAGCAGCAACUGGGAUUGCUCCGGUUGAUGGUGUGCAAAAGGUAAAGUCACAGGAAAGGGUUAAGAAUGAGGAAAAGUUUAAGAAUGAUAACAAGAUCAGUAAUAAGACCAGAGUUACUCUGCCUCAGCGCUUCAACAUUGACGAUGAUGAGGAACGCCAAAACAUUUUGGCUAUGGAAGCACUGCUUGCAAAACUCUUUGCCAGUGUUUCAUCUGUUAAAGCUGCAUAUGCUCAGUUACAGUGUGCUCAAUCUCCUUAUGAUGUCGACGGGAUUCAAGCAGCUGAUCAGUUAGUAGUUUCUGAGUUGAAGAAUUUAUCCGAGUUGAAGCAGUGUUAUGUGAAAAAACAAUUUGAUUCUUCACCAGAGAAUACUAUGCUGUUAGCUGAAGUUCAAGAGCAGAAGAGUGUUUCGAAGACAUACGAAGUUAUGGGGAAGAAAUUGGAGUCUCAGUUAAGGCUUAAGGAGUCUGAAAUUAUGUAUCUUAGAGAGAAAUUAGAGGAAUCUAAUAGACAGAAUAAAUUACUGGAGAAAAGAUUAAAUCAAAGCGGACAAUUAUCUGUACCCGACAAACUUCACCAGUCAGGUUUAAGUCCUAGUCAUUUUCUUGCAGUUGUUCGGUUUACAGUCAAGUCAAUCCGAAGCUUUGUCAAGUUACUAAUUGAGCAAAUGAAAGAUGCUGAUUGGGAUCUAGAUGCUGCAGCCAAUUCAAUCGUAACAGAUAUAGUCUACUGGCGAGGUGAUGAUAAAUGCUUUGCAUUUGAAAGCUUUGUUUGCAGGGAAAUGUUUAAUGCUUUUCAUUUACCAAGCUUUUCCCUUCCCAGCGAGUCUUUACCAGAAAACAAGAACCAGCAACUGCUCUUUUUCAGGAGAUUCACAGAAUUGAAAUCUGUGAAAGCAAAGGAAUACCUUGCUGAGAGGCCUAAAUCGACAUUUGCAAAAUUCUGUCAAUCUAAGUACUUACAAGUUGUUCAUCCUCAAAUGGAAUUAUCUUUCUUUGGCAAUUUAAGGCAAAGAAACCUUCUGCAAUCUGGUAAGUUUCCUGAUACAACUUUCUUCAACUCAUUUGCUGAAAUGGCAAAGCGGGUUUGGCUAUUACACUGCUUGGCCUUUUCGUUCGAGCCGGAGGCAUCGAUCUUUCAAGUUCGGAAAGGUUGUCGAUUUUCUGAAGUUUAUAUGGAAUGUGUAGCUGAAGAUGCAUUGGUUUUGUCGGAUAAUGCACCAGAAUCCGAUCCACCAGUUGCUUUCACCGUUGUUCCUGGCUUCAGGAUUGGUAAAACUAUUAUACAGUGCCAAGUCUACCUCUGUCAAAGUCAAAGCAAGGUAAACCGUUGAUCUGUAAUCUGAUGGACCACAGCGCCUGCAGCGGGGACUAUAAUGCUCAUGAUUUAAAGUUCGGGUAGUUAAUGUAAAUGAGUGUUUCUUGUGGGGACUAUGAUUGUAAGGUAAACCGUUGACAUUUUAAUCCAACGGCUAGGAUGCUUGAUCUAAGAAAAUGGACCCACAUCAGAUAAGGAAUUGCAUGCCAUGAUCAUGACUUUUUGUUUUAAAAGUUUUUGUUUAAGUGAAAAAAAAAAAAAAGGUUAAUGGUGAUGGAAAAUAUGUUGUGGGGUUGAAUCUUGUGGCCAUUUUGAAAAGGAAAUGUGCAUGGACCAAUGUGUUAAUAAUAUAUUGGGAUGAAGGUAGCUUUUGAAUGUAUAUUUAUUUUUAUUUUUAAUUCUAUUUUUAAUUAUGGAAGACAUCUUCCUAAUUUUGUUAAUGUUAGGCGAAUGACACAAGAAUUUGUU